GUCAUCUCCUACCCAUCAGCUGGUACAAUCUCCUUGCACAGAAACAUGUCCUACUACGGCGAAGCCCGCGACUACUACGGCGAACGCCCACCGGCGCCCUAUGAGCGACCCCCCUAUGACCGCCCUCCCUACGAUGGAGCACCACCCGCAGAACGCCCUCACUACGAGCGGCCCCCAUACGAGCGCCCUCCGUAUGAGGAACACCGCUCCUAUGAAUCCCGGCCCCCCUACGAGCGGCCUCCCUACGAGGAAUCCCGCUCCUAUGACUCCCGUCCGCCAUACUCCGGCCCUCCACCCUCUGCCCGACCCCCUUCAUACCCCCCGCCCCCUCUCCCAAUAGGCUGGAUCCAAGAAUGGGAGCCUAGGGCUCGCCGAGCCUUCUAUGUUGAGACCGCGACGGGUCGCUCAGAGUGGGCGCUUCCUGAUGACGUUAGCUACAGCGAGGCGUCCCGUUCUGGCCCCGGGGAGUACUACGCCCCUCCACCUCCUGCUCCAGCAUACCCGCCUCAGGAUUAUGGCGCGCCGGCCUACCCGCCUCAUGACCAGGGAUAUGGCGGAGAGUACCAGAAGGAAGAGAAGAAGAGCGAUACCGGAAAGAUCUUAGCAGCAGGUGCAGCGGGUCUGGCAAUUGGAGCCGUUGGGGGUGCUAUUCUGGGGCAUGAGCUUGCUGAGAACAGCGACGAGGAGCACUCGCACCAUUCCGAUGACGAGCCGCACUACUCAGACGACGGUGAUGACUGAGGGCAGGUUUAGCUACGCAGAUCCACGGCAUUUGAGGACUGAGGUUAUAGUAUUUUUACAUAUUCUAUCUAGAAAUCCUGUACCCUUCUUUUUUGCAAGGCAAAAUCCACUGGAUCUGAAAAGAACCUUUUACGGAAGACGAUGUAAUGGCUUGUCUAGGCUUCAUCACGAUGCUUUCUUACCCAAGAAAUACCACCAGCGCAAGCGCUUAUCCUUC